AUGGAUCGUGUCUGGUUCAAAGUCAACGGCGUGGAGUGCACCGUGGGUUGCGAGGUGAGCUCGGAUACGACGCUGCUGGAUUACAUCCGUUCCACACUGAAACUUUCCGGUACCAAGUAUAUGUGUCAAGAGGCUGGAUGCGGCGCUUGCAUAGUUUCAGUUGUCAAGUGUACGGGGGCACCAAACACUUCGGUGAACGCAACGACCCUCGCUGAUAACCAUGGAACUCAGUGCGGUUAUUGCAGCCCCGGUUGGGUAAUGGCGAUGAACAGGUCCAUAUUGCACGCUUUUAAGAAAUUCGCCCAAGAUGCGCCUAGUUGGUCGAAGAUACACGAUAUAGAAGAUCUACAUAUUUGCAAGAGAAGCGGCGAGGAGUGCUCGAAAAGCGUCUGCGAGGACUAUGACUGGUGUGUCGUGUCGAAAGAUGAUGUUGAAGUACAGCCAGUAAUUCAUAUAAAAUUAGAAGAUGGCCGCGAGUGGUUUCGGGUGCGAUACCUUCUUCAGGCAUUUAAUAUAUUGCAUAUAAAAGGUGAUGACUCCUACAUGCUGGUUGCGGGGAAUACAGCAAAAGGCGCAUACCCGAUAUUUCAAUAUCCCAGGAUCUUAAUCGACAUCAGCGCCGUAAGCGAGCUGAAAAGUGUAGUGCUGGACCAGAAUUUAGUCAUCGGCGCUGGUUCGACAAUAUCUGAAGUAAUGGAGAUUUUCCAGACUGAAAGCAAAUUGGAAUAUUUUGAAUAUUUGGAACAGCUCUACCAGCAUCUCACACUUGUAGCUCAUAUACCAGUUAGAAAUGUAAUGCCUAGGGCUCAGAAUGCUCAUGCAAUAGUCAAUGCUGGAUUCAUGUACAAGUUGCAAAACGGUGUAGUUCAUGAAGCGAGGAUAGUAUAUGGCGGUCUUUCGCCAGUGUUCAUUCGAGCGACAAAUACAGAGAACUAUCUUAAAGGAAAGGCACUAUUCACGAACGACACGCUCCAAACUGCGCUCCAUGUUUUAGACUCUGAGCUGAUAGUAACAGAGAAUCCUCCGGAGGCAUCAGUUGCAUAUAGAAGACAAUUGGCGCUUUCGUUGUUUUAUAAGGGUCUACUAACAUUAUGUCCCCCAAAUAUUCUCCACCCGCGAUAUCGUUCAGGCGCGAUUAAGCUCAAGGAAACCCGACCGGUGUCCGAUGGACGACAGAUCUUCGACACCAACCCGUCACUGUGGCCGCUCAAUCAGCCUGUGAGAAAAGUCGAAGGACUGAGAGAGCCUGGUGUAAUAGCGUUUUAUACAGCAAAGGAUAUACCGGGUACCAAUUCGUAUACGCCCUCUGGUAGCCUGUUGAGUCCAAACAACGAAGAGCUCCUCUGCAAUGGCAGAGUUAAGUAUUACAAUCAGCCGAUAGCAAUAAUUGUAGCCAAGACACGACAAAUAGCGGACCGAGCAGCAAAACUGGUGACCGUUAAAUACAAAAAUGUUAAGAAACCACUUCUAGAUAUUAAAGAAGCUAAAAACGAUGCGAACAGAAAUACUAUGUUUGCGAACGUACCACAAACCGAAAGGGGCGAUGAUAUUCAGAAAGUAAUUAAGGGCUCCAACACGAUCUACGGACAGUACCACUUUUGUAUGGAGACGCUAGUUUGUGUGACGCGUCCCACUGAAGAAGGAAUGGAAAUACAUCCAGCUACGCAGUGGAUGGAUGGAGUACAAAUUUGCACAUCCCGUGCGCUGAACAUACCAGAAAAUAAGAUCGAUGUACACGUUCGAAGGAUUGGUGGUGCUUAUGGUUAUAAAAUCACUCGCUCUCUUCAAGUCGCUGUCGCUUGCAGUUUAGUGGUGCAAAAGCUAAACAGGCCUUGUCGUUUCAUACAAUCCCUCACAACAAACAUGAGAGCUGUCGGCAAGAGACUGCCCUGCAGUACUAAUUUUGAGGAAUUAAUUAAGAGAGCUUUCGAGGCAAACGUUGAUUUACAAACGCACGCUUUCGUUAGCGCGGCAGACGUGCAAAAUUACGACAUAUUUGGGGUAACGGUAGCCGAAGUUGAGGUGGAUAUAUUGACUGGACAAACUGAAGUUAUAAGAAUCGAUUUAUUGGAAGACGUGGGAAGGAGUGUUAGUCCAGAAAUUGACAUCGGCCAAGUCGAAGGGGCAUUUGUGAUGGGUCUCGGGUACUGGACCAGUGAGAAUUUAGUAUACGAUACGAAUUCAGGAGAGCUAUUGACUAAUCGAACUUGGGACUAUUGGGUGCCGCAGGCACGUGACAUACCACAGGAUUUUAGAAUAUACUUCCGUAAAAAAUCUUACAGCACGGACGCAAUUUUAGGGUCCAAAGCAACCGGGGAACCGGCUACAUGUAUGGCUAUCGUCGUCCCCUUCGCUAUAAGGGAAGCUAUUUCUUCAGCGAGGCUCGAAAGCGGAAUACCAUCUACCCAGUGGUUUGAGAUAGGUGAGUCGGCAAUGCCAGACAAGGUCGCAUCUUUUAACGUGAAUGUUGUUGACCUGCAAGUACAUCAGCGGCCAAAGAUA